AUGGUUGUCGAAGUCCCUCCUGAUCUCGCGGGCCAGUCGAGCCUCUAUGCCCACUCGGACCCUCUGCUUCGAAGAUUACGAGUACAAGAUACGAUAGGGAAAGAUAUCACUGAUAUCGAGCGGUACUUCCGAAGUAAGGAGGUCUUGGUGUUCUACGCAGGCUCAGAACAUGGCUAUAAUAAUCUCAAGAAGUUCCACCAUGACCUCACCCGCUUCGCUGUCCGAGAGCUGAAGACGUGCUCGGUGAUCUACGUCUCCACCGACACCUCACCUCGAGCGGUAGACCAGAUCCUCUCUGGCCAGGCGUUCCUCCGCAUGACGUUCCACGACAAUUCGGACUUUGCACCUAUGGUGACACUUCGAGAAGAAGCAGAGGGAAAGAAGGCAAAAGGCAAAGGAAGGGAGGUGGAGAUGGAGGAGGUUGCGAGAGGAGAGGAGUUUAUCGCGGCUGGGGAAGUCGAGACCGGGAUGGAAAAGGUGUACUUUGGCGAAGAGGAGAAUCCCAGUGACUACGUCCGCCCUCUGUCACGUGCAGCAGUCACGUCCCUAAUGCGGGCAUACGCUACGCCGAGUAUCGCCAUCUACCAUCUGCCUACACAUUCAUUCAUCGCUCGGAACGUCAAGAUGUCAGCCUUCGAUCCCGACCUGGUAGACAAGAAUUACCAUACCUGGCGGAACGGCGGUAAUGAGUCGGCCCGGCUCAUAGAUAUCAUCAUGAAGAUGCGGAUACCGCUGUUCUUGCUGGCUCUUGCGCUCAUCUACCGGUUCUAUCUGACCAUACAUCACGUGGAUGGCAACCCACUAGCGGACUGGCUGUACACCUUAUCGAGAAGAUUGCAGAGUUGA